GUCGGCGAUCGGCCAUCUUGCUCGUUGUUUAGACCGUGCGAGAGGAUUUCGUCGGAGGAUGCGUGUUUAUCGAGAAUUCCAGUGAUAUCGGUUAGUAAAACUCGACGCGGCGACGUUUGGUCUACCGAGAAAUGUGUGUUUAAUUGUGUGUAAACCUUGUAAGUUUAUUUGUAAGUUUUAUUACUAUUGUGUGUUGUGUGCUUUCGUAUGUGUGUGAGAUAGAAGUUUCUAAAGACGAGUGAAGAGGAAUAAUAUCGGCUACGGUCAAUUUGAAAGAGGAAGGAUUGAGGGAUUAUUAGCAAGAUGGCGCCAAUGGUUUCUACUUGAAAUGAGUGAAUAGAAAAAAAAUGGACAUCUUUUGGCCGUUUGACAGUGUUUUGGAAGAGAGGAUAAACAAACGAUAUGACCUAUUCAACUUUGUUGCUACGAUUUAUGAUUGAUUCAACGACGAAAACAACGACGAACACAGAGCUUUGGCCGAGGGAACACUUCGGCGAGACGACUUUCCAGUGGAAGGACAUGUUUUCUUUAUGAUUCGACUUACUACGAGACGUGGUUUAACUUGGCAUGGAAGAAAGAUCGUAGAGAAAUCGCGUGACCGGUGACUAAAAAAAAUGGAGCGACUGUUGUGAAUCCAGGAAGGAAGGAAGGAAGGACGGACGGACGGACGGAAGGAAGGAAGGAAGAAAGAAAGAAAGGAAUUAAAAGAAGCUGGGAUCUCGAGCGAUCUUGGCGAGGCUCCCAAAUAUCUCUGGUGUUAUCGGAUAACAUCGCAAAAAGAAAAGAAAUUCGUAAUAAGAUUCGUCGAGUUUGUGUCGGUGAUGUGUCGUGAUAGGUGGUGACCCCGUGUUUGUGGCCCCGUGAGGGCGUAAUCGUCAGUGUUUUAUGUGUCGAUGGUGCAAAGGAGUCUAUACGUUGGAUCUAAAAAGGUUUGGGAUUAUCCAGGAUAUAUGUAGCAUAUAAAUUCGAAUAUAUAUAUAUCAACGGAAUCACAAGAGGGAGAGUGAGAAGAGAAGGAGGUGUAUAAAAAGGUGUUUUUGCGCAAAAAAAAGAAAGAGUUGCUAUUGUGUAGAGAGAGCGAGAGAGAGAGGGAGAGAAAGAGAGGGAGAGAAAGAGAGCGAGAGAAAGAGAGAGAGAGAAAGAGAGAGAGAGAGAGAGAGAGAGAAAGAGAGAGAGAGAGAGAGAGAGAGAAAGAGAGAGAGAGUGAGAAGUGUGCGCGCGCGGGUCUUGUUUGGAUAUCAAGAACACCAAAGGAGUAGCCGCGGGGUAAGUGAUGUGUUCGAUGGACGAGGCGCGUCUCGCGGGCGGUGGUCGGGGUAAAACGAACGCGUGUCGCUCGCGCUGCCAUUAUUCGGGAUCCGUGAGAAAAGGCGGGCAGUCGGUGAUCAGGCUGGCGGGUGCCGGGGAAACGUUUCCAAGGGCAUGGCGACCACGCCACUAGGCGGUCGCCUCCCUAACGUUAACCGCAAAGGACCAUCCCCGUGUAUCGGUGGUGGUGGUGCUAGUAGUAACGGCAACAUCAACAACAACAACCACAGCAGCAACGUUAGUAGCAGCAACGGUGGCAACAUCAACGGCAACAACGGUAGCCUUAGUAGCAGCAGCAACAGCGGUGGUGGUAGUAGUAGUAGUAGUAACGGUGGCGGCAACAACAACAACAGCGGAUGCAAUAGCAGCAGCAACAACAGCAUAGGAAGUAAUAUCAAUAACAACAACGGUGGUAGUCAGAGAAGGCAAGAACGUAACACGAUCGGGAGAGAUCAUCAUCGGCAUCACCACCAUCAUCAUCAUCAUCACCAUCAUCACCAUCAUCAUCAUCAUCAAGGUCGAGACAAGUCAGGAGCAGCGGUAGCCGCGCCGACAUCGUCCUCCACCUCCUCUAUUACCUCUAUCUCUUCUUCGUCCGGUUCAUCCUCCUCUUCUAUCUCUUCCUCCUCCUCCUCCUCCUCCUCCUCCACCUCGUCGUCGUCGUCGUCGUUGUCGUCUAGCAGUGCGUGCCAGCAGCGCGAGGCUAAAACAAGCACGGUGGCUGCUAACGCCGGUGAGCUGGAUCCGGCCGCGACUAAUGCGACCAACAACUUCGAGUACGACGACAACGAAUGGGACAUUGGCAUAGGAGAUCUUAUAAUCGAUCUUGAUGCGGACAUUGAGAAGACGAGGGACGAGAAACUGAGCUCCUCGGGGACAGGCAUGGCUUCUACGCCUGCCUCGGCAGCAUCGGCCACGAAUAAUCCGAAUCAUCAUCAUCUUCAAAACUCAGUGUCAGCUUUGAACUCGUCUAACUCGUCCAACUCGGUAUCCGGAGUCGUAUCGUCUGGCGUAGUAUCGAACGCGGUUAAUCAGUCAUCGUCCUCGUUAUCGUCCAAUUCGAAUUCGUCGAACUCGUCUAACGUCUCGUCGUCCUCGUCGUCCUCCUCAGGCUCGUCCUCGUCGUCGUCCUCCUCCUCUUCGAACUCUUCCUCGUCCGGUGGUGCCGGUGGUGGUUGCGUCGUCGGUAAUUCGGGAAACGGCCGAGCCCAAAGCCCCUGUAGCUUAGGCGCAGGUGGCAACGCUCCUACGGCGAACGGGCCGAUCGUCAUCGGCGGUAACAACGGUACUGGUAACAAUCAGACGAGCAACGGUUCGACCUCUUCGCAGGUGCAGCAGCUAGUUACGGGAGGAAAGCAAGGGUCCGCGACUGUAGUGGGCGCGGUAAACGCCGUGGUACACGGUAACGCCGGAAAUCCCGGCAAGAUGGCCGUUGAACAUUCGGCGACCGUCGACAAGGGCCUCAAGAUGAAGAUCAAGCGUACGAAGCCCGGCACGAAGAGCAGCGAGGCCAAGCACGAGAUCGUUAAGUCAAACGAGAUCAAUGGUACGGCCUCCUCCCAGGAUAGCAACAACGGAUCUUCCCAAUCGUCGAGCUCAACGUCGGGUUCGGCGACAUCGGGCUCAUCGUCGACCUCCGUCGGGCAAAACUCUCAAAAUUCGGAGUGUGUAAGCGGUGCGGGUGGUGGUAGUGGUGGUGGUGGUGCCGGUGGUGGAAGUGGUGCUGGUAGUGGUGGUAGUGGUGGUAGUGGUGCCGGUGGUGCCGGCGGCGGUGGUAGCGGUACCACGGCCGGUCAAACCGGUGCCACCGGACAAUCGUCUUCCUCGAACAAAUCUAAACCCAGCCAUUCGCCGGCCUCGGCGACCGGGACGGGAAACGCGCAGUCCUCGACGGCGGGCUCGAAGCGUGGCUCGAGCGGACAUCGCCGUGAAAAGGCUCGUGACAAGCACGAGAAACCACAGAACAAUCACGCGCCGCAACAAUCGAAACCGGAGAUGAACGGAACGGCGAGGCCGCCGGCACCUCAGAGUCAAAACUCGGCGGGACAGGCAACCCAGUCGCAGGGACCGACGCCGGCAGCGACGGCGCCUCAACAGACUCAGGGACCACCGCCUAGCUCAAGGACGGGCUUUUCUGUCUCGCAAGGAGCCGGACCACCGGCAACUAGCGCCGCGGCGCCAUGUCCUCCGCCGAGCCCGGCCAGCGCAACGGCAGCUGGGGCCCCGGCCAAGCCGGAACAGACCAAGGUGGCCUCCGUACCGGGACCACCCCUUACUACGCCGGCCGAGGAGGCCAUGGACACUGCGGCUAGUCCUCCUCCGGCCAAAAAGAUGAAGACGUCCAAUACGGAACCAAAGGACAUGUCCGACGUUUGCGUUGGGACCAGCGUGGGGACCAUUACCGAACCUGAAUGUUUGGGACCCUGUGAGCCUGGCACAUCGGUCACGCUCGAGGGUAUCGUUUGGCAUGAGACCGAAGGAGGUGUAUUGGUCGUGAACGUAACGUGGCGGGGUAAGACAUACGUCGGUACUCUAUUGGAUUGUACACGACACGAUUGGGCACCUCCAAGGUUUUGCGAUUCACCGACAAGCGAUUUGGACGCACGUACACCUAAAGGUCGUGGAAAACGUGGCCCAGCAGCAAAUUCUACACCGGGCAACGAUCUCAGUAAUUUCACCGAGACAAGGAGUUCGGUGCACAGUAAAUUACGAAAUGGCGGUGCAAAAGGUCGAAGAGGUGCUCAGGGUUCACCGGCGGCGAGUCCAAGUCCGGCUGCCUUUGUGCCGCCGAGAUCGGAUCCAGCUGCUAAGAGAAAAUCUCGUGGUCCAGAAGAAGAGGAGAAGAAUAAAAGACGGGCACCACCUCCUACGCCUCCUAGUGGUUCGCCUCCGGCGAGCCCGGUCCUUUUGGAGUGUCCCGAACCGAAUUGUAGUAAAAAGUACAAACACAUAAAUGGACUGAAGUAUCAUCAGAGUCACGCGCACGGUUCCGCGGACGACGACGAUACAAAGGAGGGCAUCACUAGCAUGUCCGAGAACGAUGAGAGCAACAUAGAAGCUCCGAGUCCAGCCACGCCGGUGAAGUCUCCAGCGGACAAGCCGGAAGGAACCCCUGUCAGAGCGGCGAGUCCACCGGCGACGAGUUUACCGCCAGAGACACCACCGCCUCCACCUCGGGUACCUUCUCCUAGUAUAGAGACACCUAUGCCAGUUUUAACCUCGGACAAGGCUAUCGUUAAACCUGGCGUUUUAAGGUUCGGCCAAGACGAUUUACCUGCUCCUACGUCCGCGGCACCGCCUUCCUCGAGACAACAAAGUAUCCAACAACAACAACAGCAGCAACAACAACAGCAACAACAACAGCAGCAACAACAGCAACAGCAACAACAGCAACAACAACAACAACAGCAACAACAAAGUCAACCGUCGAUAACAUCGACGAAUCCACCUCAAAGUCCGAGUCCUCACCCAAGUCAAUCUCCCAGGCCUGUGCCUUCGCCACAUCCCAGUACAAACAUACCGCAGCCACUCAAUAUACCUCAACCUCCUCAACCUUCUCAAGUUCAACAACAUCAGCAACAAAAUCCGUUGUUGCAACAAGCCCAACAGACGUUACAAACUGGACCACCGCCUCAACUGCAAUCGAGUCAACAGCAACAACAACAGUUACAAUCGUCCGUACAGCAACAAUUGCCGCCGGCACAUCAGUUGCAAUCCGUACAGCAUCCCUUGUCCACGCAGUUGGGACAACCAACUCAAGCGCAUGUUAUUCAGCAGCCAACCUUACAGCAGCAACAACAAAGUUUGCAAAGUAUGGCGAGUCAGCAUCCAGGUCUUCAAGGUCUUACCGGACAAGUUUCACAACAAACGGGUCUACAAACCGGGCCUCCGACGACUGGACAUCCUGGACAAGGUGUACAAUCUCACAUGCAACAGUAUCCAAGCGUUUCGCUGCACACGAAGAUGCCGCAAUUCAAAGUAAAGCCUACGGCGGCAUUGAUGCCAGAGCAGGAUAAGAGUAAGGACCCGCGAACGCCGAAGCCGCAAGGUUACAAAAAGAAAUCGAAAAAAUCACCCGGUGGAAGUCCGCAUCCUUCGCCUUUGGAAACGCCGAUAGUCGAUUCCGCGAGGGAAGAUGUCCAAAGUCCGGCCUAUUCGGACAUAUCAGACGACGCGGCGCCUGUUCUCGAAGCAGAACCCGCCGACAAGUCGAAACAAAAUCAAGAAAAGGACAACAAGACUAGCGCGCCGACGCAUCUACCUGCUCACUUUGGAAUGUACCCGUAUUACGGUCAACCUCCUUACUUGGUGCCUAGCGUUCAGGACAGCAAGUCGGUCGAUCAGAAACCGAGCGAUCUCACGCCAAAACAGGAAAUGAAACCUUUGAACAUACCGCAGAUGCCAUCGAUGGCAAGUUUGCAAAGCGUCGUCUCGGAGAAGGAAAAGAAGGAAUUGAGUCAACCCUUGCCUCAACCUCAACAGCAGCCGCACUAUUACGGUGGUUACGGUGGCUACAUGCCUCCUGGCUAUCCGUAUCAGCCACCGCAAGCAAUUUCCCAACAACAACAGCAACAACAACAGAAUCAACAAGUGCAGGAACAAGAGGCGCAUGAGCAAAAGGCAAAGAUGAAGCAGGAACCACAAUCGCAACAACCGAGUUUGAAAGACAAACAACACGAAAACCAUCAGAUACUAAAGGAAAGUAUCGAGAUGAAGAGUCAAAUGAGUCCUUAUCACGUGUACCACGGGACGCAAAGUCAAAGAGCAGCACCUCCUCCACCACCUCCUGGUCCUGUACAAGAUGACAGGAGGUAUUACCUUUAUCCCGGAGAGCAAAGGCGAAAAGAAGAGUCGAACAAACAAAGUCAACAAGCGAAAGCUCCACCCCCGAGUCCGAAGCAUCAACCGAAGCAAGAAAAGCCUCAGGAUUUGGGCAAGAGCGACGACUCGAAAAACAAGCAAGAAGGCGUGAAGCCUACAAUGGAGACUCAGGGACCACCGCCACCGCCAACAUCGCAAUACGCGUAUAUACAUCCGGGAUAUAUGCAACCACAGCAUUACGGUGCGCUACCCUUCGACCCUGGCCAUCCAGUUUACAGAGGUUUAAGUCCUAUGUUGGUACCUGGACCUUACUCGGGUAGUCCUUACCUGCAUCAGUUGCCUAGGUAUCAUGCACCGGAGGAUCUAAGCCGUCCACCGGGUGGCAAGGCCCUCGAUCUUUUGCAGCACCACGCGAAUCAGUAUUAUUCGGCACACAAGAUCCAUGAACUGCAGGAACGUGCUCUGAAGUCGCCGACGCCAAAGACGUCCGCGGCAUCUGCCAGUCCGUCUUCGGCAGGGCCAACACCUGCCAGACCACCUAGCGGACCACCGACUUCGGUAGCGGGGCCAGGUCCACCGCAGGGUCAAGGUCAACAGCCUGGAAAACAACAAGGACAACCUGGCGGUCAGCAGCAACAAUCUGGCCCGGUCGAUACCGGUAGCGGGAAUCUUGGAAAGGACAGCAGAUCUCCACCACCUCAGAGACACGUGCAUACGCAUCAUCACACGCAUGUGGGAUUAGGCUAUCCCCUUUUAACGGGACAAUACCCCGCUCCUUACGGAGCGGCAGUGCUAGCGAGUCAGCAGGCCGCCGCGGUAGCCGCCUCGGUGAUCUCGCCAUUUCCGCCCAAGUGACCCGCGGCCCCCGGUCCCGUACUAGCCGGUGGAACCGGCGGAACCGCCGGAAGCAGCUCCGCACAAACUCACCACGCGCCGCAUCCGGCCUCGAGCGGUGCCGUCGCGAGCAGACAGCCCUAAGGAAAAUCCCUAAGGAACUUUCGAGAGGAUCGCCUCAUCCUUUUCCUUUUAAGUCAAUUUAUUUGCUGACACCAUUUCUCUCUCUCUCUCUCUCUCUCUCCUCUCCUCUCUCUCUCUCUCUCCUCUCUUUCUCUCAAUACCUCUUUUUACCUCUUUCUGACUCUGUCUCUUUCUCUCUCUCUGUCUAUAUCUAUAUCUCUCUAUUUCUCUCUCUCUCUCUCUCUCUCUCUCUCUCUCUCUCUCUCUCUCUCUCUCUCUCUCUUUCUCUCUCACUCACUUUUUUCUCUCUGUCUGUCAAUCACAUUUAUUUGGACCAGUCGUAAUGAGGCUGAUAAAAUUGUACUUAAAAUCACGAAGAGCCCUUGGACAAACUUCGGUUAUCUUCGAAUAUAUCAUCCUCGCCUCGUACAGCCUCGGUCGUCAGAGUUCAACGAAGAAUAAAUGUAAUCUUGUCGAGUUUUUCUCAAUAAUGUCAUUGAUGCAUCAUUUCUUUUCAUUGAAAUGAAUUUUUACGUCGAAGUUUAUCGUAUCUCGAAGUACCAUCAUAACGAUUGAAAGUAGACCCCCCUUCUCUCUCUUUUUCAUACUCCUCCCCCCCUCUCUCUCUCUCUCUCUCUCUCUCUCUCUCUCUCUCUCUUUCUGUCUAUUUCUCUCUCUAGUUUCGAUGCAAGCGCGUGGACCGAUCUUUUCGUGUACAUAGAUAGGUACCUACAUAAAUGCAUACAUACAUACAUACAUACAUACAUAAAUGCAUACAUACAUUAAUACGAACGUAUAUUCGUAGGUUCGAUGCAGAACCAAAAUGGUUGAUACAUUUUCCUUUGUAAAUAACGUGUAAAUAAAAUGAUGUAAGCAUAUACAUAAUAUUAUUACUCUCGUUCUCGGACAAGCAUCGUCGUCGUAUCCGAUAUACGUAAGCGAUAAAUGUAAAAUAUAUAUCAUAGAACUGAGUAAAGUUUUUAUCUAACAGAUUAAUAAAUAAAUGAUACGCGAGAAUGUUUUAUUAAUUGCGCUUGUUAGUUUGAAGGAAAAUUCGAUUAGAUUCGAUCAUUUCGACUCACGAAAGUAUAUAAUACGUUCCAUAAAAAAAAUCGCGCGUGCGUGUUUAACUUUCGAUGAAUGAAAGAUAUAACAUAAUAACAAAUUUUUUAUUCAUGUUGCACCAACAAAGCUUUAUCUCCGUCGAUAGAUCUUAAUGGAUCUCGUGAUUAAAAAAAAAAAAAUAUGUUGGAGAAUGUUCAACGAUUGGAUUUUUGUCAACGCUAUUAGGAAUAAAAAAAAGAAGAAACAUUCAAUUGAAAAGGAGAUGAUAAGCUUUAUCGAUCGACGUGAAAUGAAAAGUCGUUUCUUGCAAGAAGAGGGAUGAAAGAUGUCAAUGAAAAUAGAAAAAGAUCCAUAGAUCGCAUAAGUCGCAAACAAGAAAGAUCUAUCGAUAGCGUGAGUCGAGUAAAUCAAAUUUUAAUGAAUUUAAUAAUCGAGAGAAAAAGAAAAAGAAAAAGUGAGGGUGAAAAGGAGAGAGGGAGAGAGAGAUAGAGAGAGAUAGAGAGAGAUAAUAAGAGGGAGGAUAUAUAUAUAUAUAUAUAAGAAACGAAUGAAAAUGCGAAAAAAUUAACAAUCUAAAAAUAUAUUUCGUCAGACUGAAAGACUAUAAAGGAUUACUUAUUAAAAUCCUUAUUUUCGGAAUUGUUCUCGCAUGAUCGUCGUAAAAAAAAAAGGGAGGAAAAGAAAAAGGGAUGAGACAGGGGAAGGAAGUAAAGAGAGAGAGAGAAAGAGAGAGAGAGAGAGAGAGAGAAAGCGUUAAAAAAACACAAUGUAUUUGAAUAAUCCGUUGGUGGGUGUGCGAGUAUAUCCUCCCACUUUAACGACCUUUGAACUCUGAGUACGCAUUUGACAAAGAUACAAUUUUUAUCGAACGUAGUUACAUAGGAAACUUGCGUACGAAUCUGAACGAUAGCGUUAAACGAAAAGGAAAAAAGGAGAAACUAUUUUGUGUGCGUGUGGAGUAUAUACAUGUAUAUUGUAUAAAUAGUAAUAUCCGUGUAUGUGUGUGUAUGUGUGCGUUUGUCAUGUUUGUGCGUAUUAUUGAAUACGUCAGAUCGAAUAUAUAUAAUUUUAAGCCUGUAAAAAAAAAAUGAAAGGAACGAAAGUGCAUAACUUCGAUUUUUGUAGAGAAUAAAGAGAAAGAAAGAGAAAGAGAGAGAGAGAGAGAGAGAGAGAGAGAGAGAGAGAGAAGAGAAUGAGUGAGUGAAUGAGUGAGUGAGAGAGAGAGAGAGAGAGAGAGAGAAAUGAAAAAAAAAGCAAACAAUUGUAUGACUCGCUGGAAUUUAUCUAUUAGAAAAAUUUUAUUACGUAUUAAAAUAAAUUUAAUUGAUUUAUAUGUGUAAACAAGACGAUUGUCUAAGAAGUAUAUAGAUAAAGCGACGAACAGAUUUAAAAUGGUAAAAAAAAAAAAGAUGAUUCUAAAUAAUUAGGAUGACAUUAAGUGAUUGUACAUUUGAUCCUUAGAAACGCUAUUUGUUUACUAAAAAUAAACGCUAGCCAACGUUGUACUACAGUUUAACAAAAAAAAAUAAAAAAUAAAAAAUAAAAAAAAACAAAAACAAAAAGAAAAGAAGUGCAGCGUCGUGAAAUGGACAACAAAAAAGAAAAAAAAAAAAGAAAUAAGAAAUGCUAAGGUAACGAGAAAAAAAGUAAAAAAUGUAUUACACAUACAUAUACUAUGAUACAUAUAAAGUAAACUACAUAAUAUUAGUUUAGUAACGACUAUUAUUAUCUCUUUUAUUAUGAUUAUUAGUUAUUAAUUAUUAUAUUAUUUUAUUAUCAUCGUCAUCGAAUAAGAUGAAGAGAGCGACGCGAUCGAUUGGUAAAAAGUACACCCGUUGCCAGUGGUAUCGGACAAAUUUUAUCUAACCGCAUAGUGUGUUGUAAAUGCCAAAUUAAAUCAAAAAGAAAAGAAACGAAACUAAGAGAAAUGAAAAGAAUAGAAAAAGGGAAAGUGUUUUUAAUCGAACGAAUAAAAACAAAAUCAGUUUGCUAAAUGGAAAGGCGCGCGGAUAUAGACGUAGCGGAAACGUAAAACUGUAAACGAGUCGCCUCAGUUUUAGUGGGGUGCUCAAUGGAGAAGAAAAGGGUGGGCUUUAAAAUAAUGCUGGUGCUGUGCUGUGAUUUUUAUAAAAAAAAAAUAAAAAUAGAAAGAGAGAGUAAAAGAGAGAAAGAAAAAGAGAGAGAGAGAGAGAGAGAAGAGAGAGAGAGAAGAGAUAGAUAGAGAGAAAGAACGAACGAACGAACGAACGAAAAAGUCAGAGGCCCGAGUACAUAAAAGAGUCGCUCUAUAUCGUCUCUUUUAGUGAUCUUAAAAAGGGACAUUUUUAUGAAAAUGUGCAGAUAGCCUAAGUACCUGGACCCUGCCCUACGUUCUUCACCAGACUUUAAACGGAGAUAAAAAAAUAAAAAAAAAAUAAAAAAAAGGAAGACAAAAUUACGUUCUUACCGAUUGUAUAGGCUGUAUAAUGUAUUUGCUUUGAAACAAAUUUAAUAUAGAUUGUUAAUCGCUAAUUAUGGAAGAGAAAGAGAAGAAAACGGGGGGAGAAAAAGAAAAAAAAA